GAUUUGGCCAAGAACCUUUACGAAUCGUAUUAUAUUAAUUUUUUGACUACUAUUACAAGGCCAUUAUUAGAAGAAUUGGCUGCUGCUACUAUACCAAAUAACACUUCAAAUUUGAUCUCUCAGGUCUACGAUCAAUAUUUGAAUUUUAUCGUUUCGGAACCUAAUCUAUUUUCACUCAAUCAACCCAACAUUUAUUAUUCACUGAAUGAUCCUACUGCUGCGGAAACUGCUAUAGAGAAUGCCAUAGAUCGUACUGUUAGUUCUUUAUUUUCCGUAUUAGUGACUAUGGGCGUUGUACCAAUCAUUCGUUGUCCUCGAGGAAAUGCUGCUGAAAUGAUUGCUCAAAAGCUUGAUAGUCGAUUACGUGAUCAUAUAUUAAAUUCUCGAAAUAAUUUAUUUUCUGAAAGUUCCGCUUCUUUAAACUUUCAAAGGCCCGUAUUAUUAAUUCUAGAUAGAAAUAUUGAUCUAGUUCCAAUGUUAAGUCAUUCUUGGACUUAUCAAGCCUUGAUUCAUGAUGUAUUGGAUAUGCAUUUAAAUAGAAUCGUAAUAGAAACUGAUGAAAUGGGUCGUGUUAUCAAAAAAAGUUAUGACUUAGAUAGUAAAGACUUUUUUUGGGCUAAAAAUGCUUCAAGUCCAUUUCCUCAAGUGGCUGAAGAUAUUGAUGUGGAACUUAAUCGUUAUAAAUUCGAUGCUGCUGAGAUAACAAGACUUAGUGGGGUAAAUUCACUAGAUGAUGUGGAUCAAGUAGAUUUCUCCCAAAAUACUCAACAUUUGAAAUCGGCUAUUACUGCACUACCAGAACUUACUGCUCGAAAACAAACUCUCGAUAUGCAUAUGAACAUCGCUACGUCUCUAUUACGGGGAAUUAAAGAUCGUCAAUUAGAUACUUUUUUUCAAAUAGAAGAAUCUAUCACACGGCAGAAUAAAACCACUGUUUUAGAGGCUAUCCGAGAUCCUGAGAAAAAGUCUCCAGAAGAUAAACUACGAUUUUUUAUUAUUUACUAUUUGUCUGUUGACGAAAUUACUAAAGAAGAUAUGGUUGAAUAUGAAGCUGCUUUGCUAGUUCUUGUAAAAAU